UGAAGAGAAAAAAAACCGUAAAAAACGAUCGUUGUUUCACGAACACGAAAUUCACAUAGAACAAAUUGCUUUUGUUGAAGGUUCCUUCGAUUCGAUUAUCGUCACCAUAUCUACUUCUGUAAUCACACUUCUUUCUUUGUGUUUGCGAAACCCUAGAAAAUAGAAAUGGAGGAAGAAGGUUCCAACUCAGUUCGCCGAAUGUCAAGCCGAACACGAAAAGUUGCCUCCAAAAUGGUCGCCGCACUUGCUAGCUCCGACAACCGCACUCAGGCAGCUCUCGCACGAUUAGAUGCUUUGGAGAAUGACAAUGCUGGAUUUGAAGUUGUAGAUCCCAAUAUUGACGAUGAUGAAGCUUCUCUAGAUGAUGAUGAUCAAGGGUAUAUGCAGAAAAAACAGUCUAAAGGCACUAAAAGGAAAACCAGACAAGCAAAAGCACUUGAAGCUAAGAAGGCCCCAAAAACAUUUCUUGAGCUCUUACAUGAUGCAAAUUUAGAAUCAUUGCCUCCACAUGUUCCCUCCUAUUGGAAAGCAGCUGUUGGACCUCCAAGCUCAACUUGCCGUCGCCACUUUUGUACUGUCUGUGGUUUCUCUGCCAAUUACACGUGUGUUAGAUGUGGUAUGCGUUUUUGUUCCAAUAGGUGUCAAAAUGUUCAUAAUGAUACGCGAUGUUUGAAAUUUGUAGCCUAAUACAUGUAAUGUAAAAUUUUGGCCCCUGCCCAGUAUUAGAUACAUGUUAUUUGAAGUUGUCAUUUAUCAACUUUUAUCAUCACUGUGUAGAAAGCAAGUUGUUUAUAAGAUCAUCUUUAUCAUGUUGCAA